AAAAAAAAUAAGAAGGUAUUUAUCAAAUCUUUUUGAUUCUCUUCACUCAAAGUUUAAAGGAGUGAGAGGGGGGACAAGUUUCUAGAAUAUUAGCUAUGGGGAAGAAAAAUAGCAUGCAAUGUUAUCACGACCGAUAUUUGCAGGUAUUUGCUAGUGGAUUACAUUGGGCGAAUAGGACGACACAGUUUAGUUAGAAUUGGACUUGAUGCUUUUCUCCGGGACACAGUCAGAGAGCAAAAAGUCCACGACUGAUCAACGCAAAACCAAUCACUGGAUUUUAACGUUGUUGGUUGUCCAGCAAAACACGACGACGUUGACGGGACUGACUGCCCUUCAUUACGCCGCCACCCAUUCCAAUGAAAUCACUGCCGAGCAUUUGAUCAACAAGGGCGCAAAUGUCAAUCGUCGAGCCAAUGAUGGCCGGACGCCGCUUCACUUGGCUGCACUUGGUGCAAAAGACAUGAAAAUCAUCGACGUUUUACUAAAGAACAUUACCGAAGGAGAUUUUGGACAGCAUAGAAAGGAUGACCAACUUUUUUUUCACGUGAUGCUUAACAUGCAAGGACUAGAAAUGAAAAUUUGCGGUCGGCUGUUGGAAAAGGGCAUAAUGGAACUAACUCCGAGUAGCGAAACUGACGAUUGUACUGGAGAAUCCGACGACGAAGCAACAGGCGUCAAUACUCGCCGCUUCGAAGACAAAGGCGCCAAUCCUUCAAUUGACUUGACGGAAUUUGAUGACCAUGACUUAUUAAUAGCGCGAGUCAAUAUAUCACAGCAGGAAAUUGAUGAAAUCCUGAAAGAAGGACAAUUCGAUAUCAACGGCCGCGAUGAGAAUGGAGACACUCCACUUAUUAUUGCAAUACGCGCACACAACGUGAAGACUGUUGGCUACCUGCUGAAAAACGGAGCCGAUCCCACCAUACGCAACAGCAAAGGCUUCACUCCAUUUCAUCUGUCAGUGGAUAGCGAUGAAUUUUCCUAUUUUAUCAACUUACUUCUGCUGCAAAGUGGAAAGGUUGACAUCAAUGAAACAACAUCUUAUUGUGGAUUGACCGCCCUCCAUCUGGCAAUUAUGAACUCCAACCUUAUUGGAGUAUUUUUCCUAUUAAGUAGAAGAGCUAACCCCAACGUCGCUGAUGAAAAUGGAGCCACUCCACUUCAUUGGGCGGCAAGGAAUGCCAAAGACAUGAACAUUGUCGAGUUACUCCUCAAUCACAAAGACGUGGAUAUCAAUUGCUUGGACAAAAUAGGGCGAAAUGCGCUAGAUUACGCUACGAUGAACACACACGGGCACGGCGAAAGAAUAGCCAAUCUGCUGUUGAAAGGGAAAAGCGUCGGGGAAAGUGAAAACGAACUGGCCAAAGGAAACAAUGACUAUUUAAAAAAACAUAUGCGUGAUUACUUAAAUGAAAAACCCAGCGAAAUUGAAAACUGUGUAGCCGACGAUACAAUACCAAUUGAGGCCAAAAUCGAUAAAAUUUUGGAAAAAGACGACUAUCUGGUUUCAGCUGUCAAAAAUUCAAACGUAGAAAGUGUUCGUCUCCUAUUGAAAAAUGGAGCAGAUACAAAGAUAUGGGGAGAAAAGGGAGAGAAUGCGCUUCAUUUGGCAUCACUUAAUGCAGAGACGACAGAUGUCAUCGACGUAGUUUUAGAAACUGAAAAAUUCGACAUCAACGGAGUUAACAAUCGUGGAUGGACACCUCUUUAUUAUGCAAUCGCGACAAACAACUUGGAAACAGUUCGUCACCUGAUUCAAAAGGGAGGCGAUCCCACCGUCGCCAACAAGGAUGGCAGCACCCCACUUCAUGCGGCGGUCUAUCAUGUAAAAUCGAUCGAAACAGUCGGUCUACUCCUGGAAAACAAACAAGUCGAUAUUAAUCGUCGUGACACAAAUGGCUUGACUGCCCUUCAUUACACAAUAAAAGCAAUGGAGAGAGAACAAUCCAACAACGUGGAGAUGGUUCGCUACUUGCUGGAAAAGGGAGCCGAUCCCACCAUACGCAACAACGACGGCACCACUCCAUUUCAUUUGUCAACAACAUUUCUGACAAACACCGAUGUUCUCGGUCUCAUGCUGGAAAACAAAAUAAAGAUUGAUAUCGACGAAAAGAAAAACGACGGAUUGACUGCCCUCCAUAUAGCAAUUGGCAUAUCCAACCUGACUACUGCUCGAUUCCUGUUGUCAAAAGGAGCAAACCCCAACGUCACUGAUGGAAAUGGACGCACUCCACUUCAUGUGGCGGUAUUACUGGCUAAAGACAUGGACAUGGUAAAACUACUCGUCAAUCAUCCAGACGUGGAUGUAAACUAUUUGGACAACAGAGGAAUUCAUGCGCUGGUUUACGCAAUGGGCAACAAGCACGGGUUCGGCGAAGAAAUUUUCAAUCUGUUGAGGGAAAAAGGCGCCGUGCUGAAGGAAGAAGGAAACACCCACGAACCGGAGAACUUUGAGACAUUGGUUGAUUCGUUCCUGGAAAAUAUUAUGCUAGAAAAAGCACAAGAUAGUAGCGCGAUAACAGAGGGAGAAAACGGAGCGAACGCACAUCACCUGACGGCAACUUUUGAAAAGAUAACGGGACUCAUUGAUUCCCUUCAGGAAACUAACCUGUACGCUGGGCCAACUGCUCCCAAUUGCACAUCAGAUGACAACAACGAGAAUAUGGUGAAGGAAGUUCUAAAAGAGGCAAUCAGACAUUCAGAUGCUGAAAAGGUUCGCAAUCUGAUAGAAAUGGGAGCAGAUCUCGGCAAAACGACGUGGAGAAAAGGAGUGAAUGCCCUUCACGUGGCAUCGCGUAAUGCAAAGAAAACGGAAAUACUUGACGUCAUUCUGGAAACUGGCGAUUUCGACAUCAACGGAGGUGACGAAAAUGGCAGAACUGCUCUUUACUACGCAAUUAUCGAUAAAAACGUGGAGACUGUUCGCUACUUGCUGGGAAAGGGAGCCGAUCCCACCAUAUACGCUAACGAUGGCCUCACUCCAUUUCACGUGGCGGCGGCAUCAAGUCAAGAAACCGACAUUCUCGACUUGUGUCUGGCGAAUAACAACAUACUUGAUAUCAACCAUCCAGACCAAUCUGGAAUGACUGCCCUCCACUGGGCAGCCGCGGAAUCAAACUCAGUUACAGCAAAAUUUCUUUUAGCAAAUGGAGCUAACCCCAACGUCACUGGUGGAAAUGGACGCACUCCACUUCACGCAGCGACGUGGAUGUCAACUGCUUGGACAAUUGGGUAA